CGUUGUUUAUUUCUUCAAGAAUUUGAAGAAGAUGUAUGUAAAGUAACAAUAAUAUACAAAAUGGAAGUUGAAAAAAUAUAUUGUGCAAGCACACCUAAUCUUGUAUGGGAAAGAAUUUUUAGCGAACAAGGAACAAAAGUUGCCAAAUUAAAAACAUUUACUGGAAGAAUGCUAUUUGGAAUUGAAAACACUAUAACACAACGAUUGAUUCAGACUCUAAAACUUCCUUCUUGUUCAUUGAGUGAUUGGAAUAAUGAUGUGCUUAUGGAAGAAGUUUAUUCUUAUCAUCUCAAGCGACGAACAAUUAGUAAUGUUGAUUGGCGCAAGUUUCUAAACAAGUGGAAGGAGCAGGAAACGAUAAUUGAAUUGCAUAGUAAUCUAAAACAAUUAUAUCCUUUAGAUCAUAAAUUUAGCGAACGUGAACUAAAUGCUUGGAGAAUAAUGCUUCGCAAUAUAGGAUGUCAUGAUGUAACACCUUUUUUAAAACAGGAUUCAAAG